AUGAAAGUUAUUGAGAAAGGAGCUGACCGGACGGCCGACGCGCAUCUCUAUCUUGAAGGUCGUGUGACUCCACUCGAAGAGUACGGACAGUACAUUGAUGCCUCGGACAAAGCUAUCUGUUGCUACGUCGCAACUGAGGAAGGGCACAAGUUCAGGAUCGAUUGCCGUUUCUCAGGCAUGACUCUUGUCGUCGCCUCUGAUGUCUUAAUCGAUGGGGUCUGUCGCAAGGCACACUCUUAUGCUGGUAAGUCUGUGCAGAUACAGAAGAAGAAAUUCGAGUUCGAAAAGUUCCUGUAUCAGACGCCAGAUGGAGUCAUCGACACUGGCAUAUCAGUUGCUCCAUAUUCCGGACCAUUAAGUCUCGACAAACAGGCUGCAGAGACUAUCGGUACCAUCGAGCUACGCCUUUACAUUACACGUCAGUUUGAUGUUGAGCAUGAUGUUGACGUCACAUGCAAGUACGAUGAAGUACAUGAGCAUGCCAACGCCAGCGCAACUUACAAGGAUGUACCGCCUCAUUUUCACGUAACGUCCGAGAAGAACUGCUCCACGUUGGAUGCUUCCAAGGGCAACCGCGAGAAGAAGAGGGUAUACGCCAAGCGUCCAGGCACAGAGCCCUGGGCCAUCUUUCGGUUCCACUACCGCACCAAACAGUCAAUCGUUGAUCAGAAAAUGGAGUUGACAUUUGACCCAACUGAUAAGACAUAUGCUAAGAAGGAGGCUCAUGCUCUUGAUCUUGAGCUAGUGCCCAUGUUGUUGCUGGGAUCCAAGCCAGCGGCCAAGAACGAUGGAGAGAUCUCGGUGCGCACAUCGUCACCUCCUCUUCCUGAUACACCCUCGACACCAAAUAAGGCUUCGAAGAAAUCGAAGUCUACCCAGGUAAGAGAGCCUAAAACUGUCACCAAGAAGGCCACUGAGCUGCUUGGUCAAGAUGCAGAUGCAGACGUAGCUGCGAAGAGUAACGAAAUUUUCGCCAAUAUCAUGAACAAAGUCGCUGGCAAGAAGGAUCCUGCGCCGGCAGAUCUGAUUCCUCCAACCCUACCAGUGGAAGUGUCCAGCGUGCCCACGGUACCGCAUCCAGCAGAUAUGCCCAGUAUUCUCGAUCCAAGCACUGUCUCAAGCCCUAUGGCCAUCAUCCAGCCGACUGGCGUAUCUAACACCAAAGACCUGUUCAAGUCUGGCACCAAGACCUUCACGUCGCCCUUAAAGAAGAUGAGUGCUAAGCCUGCUUCUAUUGAUACAACUCUAUCUCUGGAUCUGCAGAAGCCGGGCAUUCCUCCUACACCCCCGACGCCCACAAAGCGCCCUCCAGAGGGUACCCUCACGCCUCCUCCGGACGUAAAGCGCAUCAAGACCGAUACGGUACCACUUCUCAGCCCUGCACAUCUUCCCCGCUCAUUAUCUGCGUCUCCAGUCCCUCGUACACUUUCCAUCGAGGCACAGGUCACCGAGCAGCGCAAACUUCUUGAGGCCACGCGUAAGAAGCGUGCUGAAAUGUCCAAGAAGAAGGCUAUGCUGGACGAGCGUAUGGCACCUUACAAGCAACGGAUUGCCGAAGAGCUAGAGCGUCUGAGGCAGGAGAUGGCUGAGGAAGAGGCAAUCAUGGCUGAGGAAGAAGAAGACUACAAGGCUAGCGAGAUCAUGCUGGCAGAAUUCGAGCGU